AUGAAACUCACGUCACGUAAUUUCUUGUUUUGGCGCGCACAGCUGAUUCCCUUUCUCCGGGGUCAGGAACUGCUGUGUUUUGUAGAUGGGUCUCUUCCGUGUCCACCGAAGACCGUCACAGCUGCUCCACCGUCUGAGGGCUCGUCGGCAGGCACUACCACGACGAGCAUCGUCCCCAAUCCGGAAUACCGUGCGUGGGUGAAACAGGAUCAAUCGAUCCUGUCUCUCCUAAUUUCAUCCAUGUCGGAUGAAGUGUUAUAUCUUGCGCUUGGCCGAACCACAUCUGUGGCAAUCUGGGAGUCCAUCACGUCCGCCCUUGGGUCUUCAAGCCAAGCUCGUUGCCUUAAUCUCCUCGGGCAAUUCCAGAUGCUCCACCAAGGCAACUCCACGACUGCCGACUACCUAGGCCGAGCAGGGGUCCUUGUCGAAGCUCUAACCCAGGCCGGUCGACCGCUCUCUUUAAUGGAGCAAAAUCUAUAUCUGCUCCGCGGACUUCGACCGGAACUAAAAGCUAUGGCGGCGUCCUUCACCUCCGGUAAUGCAGUGCCGCUAUCGCACCUCUCGAACUAUCUUCAGGCGCACGAAUUCAUCCUGGUGGAUGACUACCCCAUUGGCGACUCCACUGUUUCGCACUCGGCUUUCUUUGCAGGACCCGACCGUGGCUCAUCCAAUGGUGGCUGGCAGUCGUAG